UUUCAGUCAGCCAAUCGUAUAGUAGUUCCAGAGGAAAGAGUUCUCGUUUCGCUUUAAAAGCUUCCCAGGUGUGGUGCGUGUGUUCAGGUGUAAUAUCCGACGUGUUCACGUUCGAUCGAACAUGACUCGUCGAUGCUAUAAACAAACGGUUGACUCUUAUCGGGAUGUGCAUUAACUCCCACAUCCGGACUCCUCGUGACGGCGACGGUUCGACCCUGGCCUCGACACGGAAAAAACGGCUGCGGUUUUAAAAGCGGCUCGGCUGAAGAACCCGUCGAUUAUCAUUUUGGCGAUAAACAAUUUGGCAAAGAAUCGGACGAAGAUGCCUGCACCACCGCCGCCUCCACCUCCUGCCUUCAACGCAUCCAGCUCCGGUGCAGCCGAUCAGGACAGAAGUUUACUUCUGCAGUCAAUUAGAGCUGGGAAGACGUUAAAGAAAACUGUGACUGUAGACAAAAGUGCACCAGCAGUUAGCGGUAAAGUAAAAGGAGAACCUAGGAAUUCUUCUUCUUCUUCAAGUACUAGAGAAAAUAAUUCGAACAUAGCGAGCAGUGGUAUUAACACAAGUAAUGGAGGACCCAUAGGAUUAGGUGGAUUAUUUUCUAGCGGUAUGCCUAAAUUGAAGCCCACAGGGUUGAGAAGCACCACUGGUGAGAAACCAGCAGCAGCAACUAGCAAUGUAAAUAAUACGAAUUUCGGUCAAUCGACUAUUUCCGGUAUAAAAAGGGGGCCACCUCCAGUGCCACCACCAGCCACGCAGAAACCACAAUUAUUUGCUCAGAAGACCAAUUCAAUGGGACAGGGUGUGACAGACUCCCCGAGCUCCAGUGUAGAAGCUCCUAAGAGCCACGGGAAGCCAAUCCUUGCGCCGAAACCUCCUUCGACUCCAUCUUCACUGCACAAACCAUCACCGCCUCCCAAGAAGUUGAAUUUAACCAGCGGAGGGAGCGUGUCGCGAGCGCAAAGUAUGCGGUUGCCCAGGUCGCCGCCGGUGCUUGCUCCGACGCCACCCUCUCUGCAUCAGUCGCAAGAUUGUCUGAACGAGCCUCAAGCGAGGCCGACGAACCGGGCGCUAAGACCGCCGGUCGUGAAACCUCCAUCUCCACCCACGUCUCGGUCGAACAACUUGACCACCGCGACGAGGGUAGCACCGCCGCCGCCUUCCAGGGUCGCAGUUAGCGCCCCGAGCAUGCCGCCGCCUCCUCCUCCUCUUCCUCAUCGUCCGGCUCCGACUACUCACCAGAGACUCGCUCCGCCGCCGCCGCCACCGCCUACGCCUCCUACGAGGAGCUCUUCCAUGCGCAACGGGCAACCGAUGAUAACCCUGGAUCUGGAGGUACGGUUCGGGGAGAUGUUCCACUCGAUCGCGAGCUUUCCACCGCCGGAACCGUUCAGAGGAUUCACGAAAGUCUACAGUAGCAGAAACGCGGCGAAACAACAAGCUCCUGCACCACCAAUGCAAACGAUGGUACCUUUAAAUACCUCGUCCGGGGGUUAAUCGUGGCGGUACAGUACAACUUCUUUGGCACAUUAAUACGUUUCCAAGUAACUCGUUUUAUUUAUUAUAUAUUAUAUACGAUUAGUUCUAAUCAUCUUCGAAGCAUUAUCACAACGAAAAAAAACGAGAAAGCAUGAACCGAAAUAAAGGUAUUAAAACGAUUAACACGCCACGUCAGAGUCAACAACGUUUUAUUUUUAAGCAGAAAGUAAAACGUCGAUUUUAAUCUGUUUAAAUUGUAAUUAAUUUAUUUAUCCUCUUAUAAAAUAUCGCAUAAGACUGUGUUUAAUUAGAACACGUUGUUAUACAUAGAUAUUAAAAGAGAACUGCAAUUAAUAUAUGAAUACUGGUCGUGUAGAUUCAAAUGUAACGUCACAUUUUAUAAAAAAAAAGCAAAGAAAGGGAUAGAGAGUGUUAUGUACUUUUA